AUGUCAGAUACGGAAUGCCCAUUCUGUAAACGGAGUUUUGGGUUACUUCUCUGGAAACAUCAAUGUGAUAUGUGUAAUAUUGUGGUCUGUGAUGAUUGUGCCCCUAAGAAACACUGCGUUCGUCACUGCAAGAAAUGUGUGGAAAAGACUGCAAAUAAAGAAGAACAAAAAGACAAAGAAAAACAGAAAGAAAAAGAAAAACAAAAGGAAAAAGGAAAACAACAACCGUCAAACUCUGUGCAACCCCCCAUUCUCAAUGAAGAAGAGGAAAGACAGAAACGUUUACGGGCGGUGGAGAAUCGUAUGAAGGCCUCUCAGCAGCGGGGUAUUCCACAAGAUCGUCAAACCAAAUCCACAGGAAUCCCAACAACAACAACAACAACAACAGCGGCGGAGAUGCCGGUGGAAAGUGAAAAUAUUACGGAGAAGCCGUCGGGCGGUAAUCCCCUGCAGACACCAGCGGGGGAAAAUCCCGUGCUGGAGGCUGCCCUGCGGCGUAGAGAACAGGAACAGUCAAAAAUGACGACAAAUCGAAAUAAUUCGGCGGAAAAGACACAACUGUUGGCGGAAAUUACGGCGAUUCUCAAUCGGCGGGGAGAAGAUGAACCGUUUGGGCUGCGGGCCAUGGAUGAGGUGAAGCUGCGAUCGUAUCUUCGGUAUGUGAAGAGCAAGGAAAAGGGCACUGGUGAAGAUUGA